CUCCCAGCGCUCCGUGUGCGCGGCGGAGGCUGCGGCGCUAGCGCUGGUACCCGGGAGCUGCCGGCGCUGCCGGAGCAUCCUCCUUCAUCUCCGUAUCCCUUCCCGAGCAUCCUUCCUCACCGGAGCAUCCCCCGGGAAGGAGCUGGAGGGGGGCGAGCGCUGAGCCAGGUCCAGGCUGGCAUCCAGGGUCCUCCCACCCCCCGUUCCACGGAUGGGUGUCUCCACCACCCCUCUCCCCUCACCUCGGGCCUGAGGGCGCAGCCCCUGAAGCAGAGACCCCCGAGCACCCCCAGCAGCCCCGUGCCAGCCCCGAGGGCACCAUGGAGGAGUCGUUCCGGGACCGGACCGCCUUCAUCCGCGGCGCCAAGGACAUCGCCAAGGAGGUGAAGAAACACGCGGCCAAGAAGGUGAGCCGGGGCAUGGACCGAGUGCAGGACGAGUACACCCGCCGCUCCUACUCCCGCUUCGAGGAGGAGGAGGAUGACGAAGACUACGCGCCCCAGGAUGGCUACUACCGGGGGGGCGAGGGGGCCAACGAGGAGGAGGGGGUGUCCAGCGACGCCACGGAAGGUCACGAUGAGGAGGAUGAGAUCUACGAGGGCGAAUACCAAGGGAUCCCGCGGCAGGAGUCGCUGAAGGGGGGGGAGCGCCUGGGGGCGGCGGCGGCCGCCGGAGCCUUCGACGACAGCGAGGGGCAGCGGAGGAAGGACAGGGAGGAGCUGGCGCAGCAGUACGAGCUCAUCCUGCAGGAAUGUGGCCAUGGCCGAUUCCAGUGGACCCUCUACUUUGUCCUGGGCCUGGCCCUGAUGGCUGACGGCGUGGAGAUCUUCGUGGUGGGCUUCGUCCUGCCCAGUGCCGAGAAGGACAUGUGCCUGUCCGACUCCAAUAAGGGCAUGCUGGGGCUCAUCGUGUACCUGGGCAUGAUGGUGGGCGCGUUCGUGUGGGGCGGGCUGGCCGACCGGCUGGGCCGAAGGCAGUGCCUCCUCAUCUCCCUCUCCGUCAACAGCGUCUUCGCCUUCUUCUCCUCCUUCGUCCAGGGCUACGGCACCUUCCUCUUCUGCCGCCUGCUCUCGGGCGUGGGCAUCGGCGGCUCCAUCCCCAUCGUCUUCUCCUACUUCUCGGAGUUCCUGGCCCAGGAGAAGCGCGGGGAGCACCUGAGCUGGCUCUGCAUGUUCUGGAUGAUCGGGGGCAUCUACGCUUCCGCCAUGGCCUGGGCCAUCAUCCCCCACUACGGCUGGAGCUUCCAGAUGGGCUCUGCGUACCAAUUCCACAGCUGGAGGGUCUUCGUCCUCGUCUGCGCCUUCCCCUCGGUCUUCGCCAUCGGGGCGCUCACCACCAUGCCGGAGAGCCCGCGGUUCUACCUGGAGAACGGGAAGCACGACGAGGCCUGGAUGGUGCUGAAGCAGGUCCAUGACACCAACAUGAGGGCCAAGGGCCACCCCGAGAGGGUCUUCUCGGUCACCCACAUCAAGACCAUCAAGCGGGAGGACGAGCUCAUCGAGAUCCAGUCGGACACCGGGACCUGGUACCGGCGCUGGCUGGUCCGAUGCCUCAACCUGUCCCAGCAGGUCUGGAGCAACUUCCAGCAGUGCUUCGUGCCCGAGUACCGGCGGGUGACGCUGAUGAUGAUGGCGGUGUGGUUCACCAUGUCCUUCAGCUACUACGGGCUCACCGUGUGGUUCCCGGACAUGAUCAAGCACCUGCAGAGCAUCGAGUACGCGUCGCGCACGAAGCUCUUCACGCGCGAGAAGGUUCGGCACUUCACCUUCAACUUCACCCUGGAGAACCAAGUGCACCGCGGUGGGGAGUACUUCAACGACAAGUUCAUCGGGCUGAAGAUGAAGUCGGUGACGUUCGAGGACUCGCUCUUUGAGGAGUGUUACUUCGAGGACAUCACCUCCAGCAACACCUUCUUCAAGAACUGCACCUUCAUCUCCACCGUCUUCUACAACACAGAUCUGUUCGAGUACAAGUUCAUCAACAGCCGGGUGGUGAACAGCACCUUCCUGCACAACAAGGAGGGCUGCCAGCUGGACUUCAGCGACGACAACAACGCCUACAUGAUCUACUUUGUCAGCUUCCUGGGCACCCUGGCUGUGCUCCCGGGGAACAUCGUCUCGGCCCUGCUCAUGGACAAGAUCGGCCGCCUGCGCAUGCUGGCUGGCUCCAGUGUCAUGUCCUGCAUCAGCUGCUUCUUCCUGUCCUUUGGGAACAGCGAGUCUGCCAUGAUCGCCCUGCUCUGCCUCUUUGGGGGGGUCAGCAUCGCCUCCUGGAACGCGCUCGACGUGCUCACCGUGGAGCUGUACCCCUCUGACAAGAGGACGACGGCCUUUGGCUUCCUGAACGCUCUGUGCAAGCUGGCAGCCGUGCUGGGCAUCAGCAUCUUCACCUCCUUCGUGGGCAUCACCAAGGCCGUGCCCAUCCUCUUUGCCUCAGCUGCUCUGGCCCUCGGCAGCUCCCUGGCCCUCAAACUGCCCGAGACGAGGGGGCAGGUCCUGCAGUGAUGGGGGGCUGGGGGAGAGGGACCCCCCCCUUUCCCUGGGGUACCCCCCCAAAUCCAGCAUUUCGCCCCCACCUCCAUCUCCUCGUGCCCCCGGGGUUAGUUCUGCGUUAGACACUGUGAAACGUC